GUUUGUGAUGGUACUACAUGCUACGUUUGUCUCCCCCAUGCUGCUUUGUGACGUGUAUCUCACCCGUAAUCGAUCACUUCUAGCUUGGUUAAACAUCUGUGCUGCCUCAAGGGAUCUUACUGCUGUUGUAACUUUUCUGGACAUCAUCCAAGAUAAAGACAUUGUCAAAGACAACAAUACAGAAAAGGAGAACACCGAAACAAUGGAGCCGCAGACGAAACGCUGGAAGGGGUCUGUGUGCGACGCCGACUCCUGGGUCGCUUAUCCGGUCCUGUCAGAUAAGCAGUCCCAAGACGUCGAGCUAAUCGAGGCAUUUGCGGCCCCCAUCCUCGACAAGAAAGAGACUUCUCGACUCCUCCGGGAGCUAAGCGGCCUCUACCCGCUGAACGGUCUCCAGCACAUCAAGAGGGUGCGGGCGGUCAGGGAGAAGGGCAGUCCUCAUCCUCUGGAAGUCCUCGUGUGCCUCGUCAGCGACGCCACAGACCUGAAGGCGGUGAGCAUCGACUCCCUGCUCCCCUCAGGUGGUGUUCGACGUGAUGGACUGGGAGAACCUUUUGUGGUCAAGGUCCCCGCACGUCCCGCCUUGACCCGACCCCAGUUUGAGCUGGCGAGCAAACACUGGCCCACCUCCUUUCACGAGGACAAGCAGGUGACCGUCGCCCUGAGAGGGGAGCUCUUCAGUCCGUUCCAGAAAGCCAGGAUGCAGACGUACAUGACGGCUGCUUUGACUGCUGCCAGAGCGGGGACAGAGUGGGGAAUGGAGGCGGUGGGGGCCGCGGUGGUCGACCCAGCGACGGAGAGAAUCGUUGCUGUGGGCCACGACUGCAGAGGGGACCACCCCCUCCACCAUGCGGUCAUGGUCUGCAUCGACCUCGUGGCUCAGAGCCAGGACGGCGGAUGUUAUUCCUUUGACAGGUACCCUGCUUGCCGAUUGACUCCGCCAACCCCGGACACCUCUCAAAGCGCCGCGGGUGCAGAGACGAGCUCCCAGCCGUACAUAUGUACCGGGUAUGACCUGUAUGUGACCCGGGAGCCUUGUGUCAUGUGCGCCAUGGCGCUGGUGCACUCGCGGAUAGGUCGCGUCUUCUACGGGACUUCCUCCGCCGACGGGGCCGUGGGGACCAAAUAUAAAAUCCACUCACAGAAAGAUUUGAACCAUCGCUUUGAGGUUUACAAAGGCGUGUUGGGCAAGCAGUGUGAGGGUCUGAAUGGACUGGGCAGCCACAUCAAGAGAGAGAUUGAUAAUUAACGUGUCUGAGCUGUAGAAUUCACAGGUGGAACUGUAGGACUCAUCUGUUUUACAUAAACAUUUCUUUUAAUUAAAGUUUUUAAUCAUUUGGUCAUUCUAUUGAGAGCAUGUGUGUAGAUGAAAACUAAGGUUCCCACCGUAGGGCUGACUUUCUUUUAGGUUUGGGUGUUUGACUGAACUUUCUGUGACUUACAGGCUCAUUGGAAGGAUUAACAGGUCGGACACAAACCUGAAUUUGAAUACGACAUUAACAUUACAAAUGUUAAUAAUUCAGUUUUCUUUCGUAGGAGCCUUAGUGAAUAGGUCCAGGUGAGGAAGCAUUUGUUUGUUUUUUCAGUAUUUAGCUGCAGGAUGCUUCUCUUUUCUUCAUAGCUGCUACUUUAUUUGUGCUCAUCUUUGAGGUUUUCACAUUUACUGUGUUACCAGCUCAAAUAAAAAACUUGGAUGUUUUGUCA